AUGCUGAAUCAUCCGUCCCGAAUCGAAUUUUGGAAUUUGCUGCCCGGCAAUAUUCCAGGUCCCGAGACUGAAACUACCGAGUUCAGGUGUGCUCGGGAGUGUAGUAAGGGAAGUUCGCAUCGCUUCCCCAGAAUCCGUCUUGGAUCAUCCAAGCGCGGUACCGAUCAGAGUUCUCCUCGUCAGCCAGCCCGAGCUGCCCUGCAGGCUCCUGCCCCGUCCCCGACCAAAUUACGCAGCCGCCAGCGAACUGUCCUGCGCCGCCGCCGCCGCCCUGGCAAAGUCCGCGUCUCGUUCAGUCACACUUCGGCCAGCGGCGUCUCCUGGCCCAAGAAGAGGGGCUGUCGUGGACGGCGUAAUGCGAGGCCGCAGACAAAGGCGAGCAAGGUCGAGUCAUGGGUUGGCGACGUCACAAGGCAUCUGCUCGUCCCCAAGGACUCGGGUCCGUAUCCAUGCCUGGACCGGAGCCAGAUUGGGCGCCCUCAGUUGCAAGACCCCGUGUUCGGCUUUGACGGACACAACUCAUCCAGGCCCACGGAUAUCUCUGCCCAGUAUCGCAGCGUACAGCCCCCUCUACACGGAUCGGGUUCGGCGCGGUACUGGGGGGUGCUGCCUCCGCCACCCUUGCCACCCCAGGCGAGUCCUUGCUUGGAUGUCGAGACCCGCCCCGCCGGCACGGAAAGGACCUUCCAUCCAUCCACCUUGGAAUUAGACCGGCCAGAUCUCCUUGUUGACGCCCAGGAUGGCUCGGUGGACCCGUCUGGAGCAGUGUAUGUGCCGACGCCCACGCAGCCUAUCGCACAUUCUCGAGACGUGUCCCGACUUCCCGCGACUCCUCUUCGAGCACCGCCGAGGCCGGGAACCAUGAGGACUUCGAGGCGAGACAAGCGGCUUGGUAUGGCUGAUCCUGCUGUCUGGGAAUCGGUAACCAGAACUUUGUCCCAACAACAUCGCCUCUCUUCUCUCGUAUCCCCCGAAAGCCCUGGGCUUCCUGAGAAUCGAUCCCCUUCUCUGCCUUCCCGGACCUCAUCUCAGAGGAUCGCGCUGGACCGCUUCUGCAGGGAGCUCACACGGUAUGCUCGUGCCGCCGGAGCGUUUGGAAAGGCACCACAGUGCGCCUCCUCAAGUACUCAGACUCGAAAUUCUCUGCAUACGAUCAAGGAGCUGCUCCCAUACCAUGAGCAGUUCAAAGCCGCGGGCCUGUCCGUCACGUCCACUGAGCAGAUGGGCAAGCGUGUCCAAAAGAGAAAGAUCAAGCGUCACGAACGCAAAAAGGCCGCGAUUCAGCCUCGUUCCCAAAUUGAUGGAGGAUCCACGUCAUCCAACCGAAGCUCGAGGAGUUCUAAUGGCCUGCCACCAGCAUCUCGAGAUGAUUUGGCUUUCUUGCUCGUUGACCCGGUGCCGCCGCCGAAACGUCGGGGAACAGAUACUACCAAGAAGAAACACAUGUCCUGGAUCCGAAGGAAGCCCAGGCCAGGCUCAGGGGCCCAGACCACUCGGCUGCCACAGGUCUUGGAAGAAGAGCACCAUCAGCUACCUGAUGUCUCUCAGGUGGAGACUACUGGUCAUGGUACUCCAUCGGGGCCGACUCCUCUUGCCUUUUCUCCAAUUGUCUAUGAUACGCCACCUCCGGUCCCAAAGAAAUCAAUGGGUCGGGCCAAGACAGCAUCACACUCGAUCAAAUCCGAAGGCACACAAAGAUCCUCGCACGCAAGCACAGUUCAGCACAAUGACAAAGAUCUCCCAGCCCCUCCGGGCAGCGUCAUAUCACCAGGCUAUCAUGACGAGAACGCCGCCAAACUUCAACGACAUGGGACAUCGACUGGUCGUAACAAGCCGGGCAGACGCCACGCAAGAGAUGCACAGACACAGACAUCCCUAGGCCUGGCUUUACUACCUACUAACGAGACUAUCGGGCUGCUCUAUGCCGAGAGCUCCAAUGCGCAGCCACCAGUCGCAGUUAGUCCUCCCAUGAAGUCCAGGCAGCAGAACCAGGUGCCGGUAACGGCGCCAUUUUCGCCAUCAAGAAAUGCGUCGGCUCCAGUCCUGGAUCUUCCCUUCACCUGGCGCUAUGCUGUUAGCGGUACCUCAUCGUUUGAGAGAGCCCUGGACGCGGUCGUGCAAAAGCUCGAUGAUAUGGACAAUGACAGCCGCAGGGGGCCGCCGACACCGCCGCCAAAGCCUUCGGAACCACGAACCAUGCUGCCGCCACAGGAGCAAUCACAAAGACGCGGACAAGAUGCGGCCGGUCGCGAUCGCGGCUACCGCGAUCAUGACAUCAGCGACAGGGACGUGCUCAAGGGGCUCAAGAUGGCCGUCUCUGCGGCCUGUGACGAGGACUUGGAUGCCUGGAUUCGGAGCAGGACCGGCUUGCGGCUGCGGCGGUUCUUGGCGGAUCUGACCGUGUUUGACGACCUCGGACAGGAGGCAGAAAGGCAAAGAAGGACACCUGGGUCGCAGUAUAUCUAA